AUGAUUGAAGAGGCAGAAAAAAAGAAACUCUAUGAUGCUGUUGUAAGAUAUGGAGAUGAAGAAGUAUUGCAAAAAUGGCUGGUCGAGAAUCCAAAACAAGUUGGUGAAGUUUCAUUUGCAUGUUCACGAAAUCUGCUUCACUUAGCAGCGAUGCAUGGGCACGAAAACAUCGUGGACGUGUUGAGAUCCCACCGGCAGCUAGCUCGAGAUUUAGACUCCCAAAAUUCGACACCACUUCACAUCGCAGCGGCCAAUGGGAGAAUUUUUGCGGCCUCAAAAUUGUUAUUAAUAGCUCCUGAGACAUGCUGGUGGCGAGACUGUCAUGGUAUGAACCCGGUUCAUGUUGCAGCCGUCAAUGGGCGUGUCAGUAUCUUGGAGGAGAUGUUUCGAGUUAACUCAACUCCUUCCAUGGAGAGGGUGCAUCGUGGAGAGACCGUGUUGCACUUGUGCAUCAAACACGACCGGCUGGAAGCCUUGCAGUUUUUGGUGGACAAGUUGGGGGAGCUUGUUUGUGCAAAGAAUGAUGAUGGUGACACAAUUUUGCAUUUGGCGGUUAGAUUCAAUCAACCCCAGACCAUCCGAUACUUGGUGGAAGAUACUAAAAUCGAGAAGCAGGCGCGCAAUUCGAUGGGAAAAACAGCGUUGCAAAUUUGGAAAGAGAGUCCCGACAUAAGUAACUAUUCAGAAAUAGAAAAACUUUUGAAGAUUCCAUCAACAAAGAAAAUAUCAAAGGUCUUCCCCAACCUGAGCGACAUGACAAUGGUGGUUGUGGGCCUGAUAGCGACCAUGGCAUUCCAGGCCGCCAUCAGCCCUCCAGGCGGGGUGUGGCAGGAAGACACGACAUCACACAAGGCUGGCGAUGCAGUGAUGGCAUAUACUCAUCCCAAACUAUACAAACAGUUUGUUCGUGUUAACAACACAGCCUUUGUUUCAUCAAUCAUCACAAUCUUCCUCAUCACAACCCGACAGCCAUCUGGACGCAUUCUUUUCUUGCUCAUCUCCUUGUUUGCAAUGUGGGUGUCGCUCGCAUCUAUUGCACUUAGCUAUGGAGCAUCUAUAAUGGUUGUCUCUCCCAGUGCAGAAACACAAUCGCAAUCACUUGUUCCGGUUAUUAUCAUAGUAGUUGUUGUAUCAUUAGGCAUCAUCGGAUUCAUAUUUUUGUAUAGUAUCGUAAGGGAAUGGUACUUGCAUCGGACAAACGAUCCAGCUAUCGAAAAAAUAGAGGCAUCAACCAAUAAAGUCCUCUCCCAAGUUAGCUUUGUUGUACGAGGUUCAGAGUCAGCACAAUGGUUAUAA